GGGGAACAGAACUCCGGGAAAAGCACGCAUCUGCACUUUAGAGAUUGCUCUGCGGGUAAGCCAUUAUACCUGCCCAUGAGACUCUGAGAACAUCAUAAUGUCCCUUUGUGGCUCUUCUCACAAGGAGUUUUCUCAGAUGUUACCUAUCCAAGACAUGGAUAUCAAAAACUCACCAUCUAGCCUUACUUCUCCUGCCUCCUACAACUGCGGUCAACCAGUCCUUCCCCGGGAGCACGGCCCCAUAUAUAUACCUUCCCCCUAUGUAGACAGCCACCAUGAAUAUUCGGCCAUGGCAUUCUAUAGCCCUGCUGUGAUGAAUUACAGCAUUCCCAGCAGUGUCAAUAACUCGGAAGGUGGACCUGGUCGACAGACCACAAGCCCAAAUAUGUUGUGGCCAACUCCUGGACACCUCUCUCCUUUAGCAAUCCAUUGCCAGUCGUCACUUCUGUAUGCGGACCCUCAAAAGGGUCCUUGGUGUGAAGCAAGAUCACUAGAACACACCUUACCUGUAAACAGAGAGACACUGAAAAGGAAGGUUAGCGGGAACAGCUGCACCAGCCCUGUUACUACUAGUCCACGUUCAAAGAGGGAUGCCCACUUAUGUGCAGUCUGCAGCGACUACGCGUCGGGCUAUCACUACGGAGUCUGGUCAUGUGAAGGAUGUAAGGCCUUUUUUAAAAGAAGCAUUCAAGGACAUAACGAUUACAUUUGUCCAGCCACAAAUCAGUGUACAAUAGAUAAGAACCGACGCAAAAGCUGCCAGGCCUGCCGGCUUCGGAAGUGCUAUGAAGUGGGAAUGGUGAAGUGUGGUCCCCGGAGAGAAAGGUGUGGGUACCGCAUAGUACGAAGGCAGAGAAAUUCUGACGAGCAGCUGCACUGCCUGAGCACAGCCAGGAAAAAUGGUGGACCUGUGAGCCGCGUGAAGGAGCUGCUGCUGAGCGCCCUGAGCCCAGAGCAGCUGGUGCUCACGCUGCUGGAGGCUGAGCCGCCCAACGUGCUGGUCAGCCGCCCCAGCACGCCUUUCACCGAGUCCUCCAUGAUGAUGUCCCUGACCAAGCUGGCCGACAAGGAACUGGUACACAUGAUCAGCUGGGCCAAGAAAAUUCCGGGCUUUGUGGAACUCAGCCUGUAUGACCAAGUGCGACUCUUGGAGAGCUGCUGGAUGGAGGUGCUGAUGGUGGGGCUGAUGUGGCGCUCCAUCGACCACCCUGGCAAGCUCAUCUUUGCUCCAGACCUCGUUCUAGACAGGGAUGAAGGGAAAUGCGUGGAAGGAAUUCUGGAAAUCUUUGACAUGCUCUUGGCAACGACUUCAAGGUUUCGUGAGUUGAAACUCCAACACAAAGAGUAUCUCUGUGUCAAGGCCAUGAUCCUCCUGAACUCCAGUAUGUACCCUUUAGUUUCAGCAGCCCAGGAGGCUGAGAGCAGCCGGAAGCUGACUCACUUACUGAACGCCGUGACCGAUGCUCUGGUCUGGGUAAUUGCCAAGAGCGGCAUCCCCUCCCAGCAGCAGUCCGUCCGCCUGGCUAACCUGCUCAUGCUCCUUUCUCACGUCAGGCACGCCAGUAACAAGGGCAUGGAGCACCUGCUGAACAUGAAGUGUAAAAACAUGGUCCCCGUCUACGACCUGCUGUUGGAGAUGCUGAAUGCCCACACGCUUCACGGGCACAAGGCCUUGGCCACAGGGUUCGAGUGCAGCCCAGCGGAGAAGAGUAAGAGCUACGAGGGCUCCCAGAACCCCCCGUUUCAGUGACACUCAGCCCUGAGGUGAAGGGGCUGCAGAGGUCAACGGCUGAAGUGUGAACUCCAGUGAGAACCGUGAGCCCCAUCGGGAGUCGGUGGGCUUUGUCUUUCUGUGUGGCCCCUCCUUUAGUUAUAGCAGGCUCAGUCAUGCACCAUACCCCUUACUACACCUCCCCACUUCCCAGGAGUCAGGGUGAGAAAGCCAGUUUUCCUUGUUACUAGGAGGCGCAUUGGAACGCAGAGUUUUUGUUUUGCUGGGCCUCACAGGAUAUCAGUGUGGUCCCUGUCUUACUUCCCAUCUCCGCUCCACCCCUUGGGGAAACAGCUCAAAGGUUUAGGAAUGAAUGGUGGAGAUCUGACCUGGAAGGGUUUAUAAAACAGAAAGGGGAGAAUGUGGCACACUCACAGGAAGUGGACUAAUCUUUAUUGUGAGACCUAAAGACCUUUGUAAGCUUUCUCUGGAUCAUGAUUGUAGGAUUGAAAACCACGAUGACAAUCAACUGAGUUUCGCCUAUCUCACAGGCCUGUGAGGACCGAUUUCAGGGCUAUUAUUCUGUUGAAGGACAGUGGGAUUAUGACCUUUGGAGACAGCGGUCAAGCUGGGAUGUGAACCGCAUUCUUCCCCUCAAACCUUGCUGCCACCUUCAUGCAGGUUCAUCCCUCCUGAUGUGCAUUCAGAGAGUGUGCUGCUUAUUUGGGGUGUAUGUGCGUGCGCGCGCGUGCGUGCAUGUGUGUGUGUGUGUGUAUGACCAGUUUCAUGGAGGAUUGUGAUUUAAAUCUCCCCGCUCCCGGAAUUGCCCUUCCUUAAAACUCUUAUCCCAAGGGGCCCGGUGUUGUGCUAGAGGAAGGUCCUGUGUUUGCAGGAAUGGGUUCUCCCCUGUGGGUGUGGGUGAUAGUCACACUUUCCUGGGGCAGCCACCACUGCCCCGUCAGCCAUCCAGAGGAGACAGGGACAAGUCAGGCUGUGUGUAUGAGGCACACUAUUCCACAGAAGGGUGAACAGCUGCACACAUGGCAGUGUGUCAAGUUCAGGGCCAAACUGUGUGGACUUGAGGAGCAUACCACUUGGAACAAGACUUGGUUUGUGAACUCCACUUAAAAUAGAGAAAUAUCCAGUAAUUAUUUUUAGUCAUUAAGAAUUUACACCCUAGGGAUCUUUUAAGAUAUUUUCUUAUCAGAACAUUUUUAUGGUGGACUGGAUGAAAUAGAAACUUAGUAAAAUAUUAGUUCUUAUUCCAAGUGGAACAUAAAUGGGACAUAAUAAAGCACCUUUGAAAUUAUAAUUUUAACUUUUUAAAAAUGGAAAUUUUCAUACAAAUUUUCAGGAACACAGUGAAUGUGUAGAAUGACCUACAUCUGUAUUUUGAAAGUGAGCAAUUAAAUAAUCAUCUGUGAUUUUUGUGAAAGUGUUUUAAAAAAAUUACCUUGUGCUAUGAGAUUAAACAUUUUCUUUUUGAAAAUAGAUUUACUUUGGCUAGCACAUUCUGUAUUUACUAAGUCAUUAGGAAGAUUAAAUUUAAUGUUAUAAAGGUUGAUUUCUGCUAGCUGAGAGCUUGAAUAAGUCUUAAUUUUGGUAUCAGUAUAAUUUUACUAAAGCUCGAGCAAAACUGUUUCAGAAACAUUGGGACAUCAUAUCCCUCGAGAACACAUCAUUGUAUUCUGAGAUGGUUUGAAACUAUUCUUAGUGAUUCAAUAUUACAGCCUUAGUGAGAUUCAGGACAGAAAAUAAGCUUGAUUUUAUAGGGACCAGGGAACCAGUGUUAUCUGGAAGGUCAGUCUUUCUUUCUUUCUGGCUAGUUUAGAAUCCCCCAUGAUAAACAGAGGGUUGCAAGGCUACAACGUGGGUAGUGGGAGGUAAAGAAAGUAGCCUUGAACAAUUAAUUGCUAAUGGAAUUCUCUUAAUUGUAUUUAUAAAAGAGGUUAAAAAAAUAGGUUAAAAAACCAAAACAGAAUGAGGUCCAAGCCAUGGAUGGCUGCAUUAGUAUGUAGUGAAGUUCUUUAGGUUGAAUUGUGAUGAUGAGGCAGUCACCAGAUUGGACUCAGGCGUCCAGGUGCCCUUGCACGCCAGCUCCUGUGUUUACCUAGACUAGUGCGUGCUCUUACAGAAACUCAGCAGUGCCCAUUACUCGUUUUUCACAGAUAUUCCUGCAUGCUUCUUGAGGCUGCUCCUUUCACUGCACUUGGAUUUAGCUUGUCAGGAGGAUGUAGCUGUUCUGGUAAUUUCUUCUUGGCUCAGGUCUCACCUGCGUGUACUGGGGAUACAGGUUCGUCAGUCCAACCUGAGAGGCCUCCUGGGUGCAAGGAUGUCUCUUAGACUGGGGUCCAGGCCAAGCGGGCAGUUGAGAUAACAUGGUCUGUAGUUUAAAGGUGCUCUUUGUUUUGUUUUGAAUAUUCUAGGGCCCUUUCCCCCUUUCAGAUGAAGUGUUUUGAGUCUUGUCUGCUCCAAACAUGUCCUCUAAGGAAGACACCAGUGUGCAAGGUCAGGCUGCUUUCACAUGUUCUGGGUAAACCCUCAGUGUCCAUCUCAAAGAUUAGUCAUUUCUUUUAAUAGUGCUUGCUUUCAAAUGUCUUCUUUGGGGAGGGUGUUCCCCAUCCCCCGAAGGUCCAUGGGCAACUUAAAAUUCUCCCAUAGCUACGCAAGGAUUUGUGUUUUCAGGUUCAGUUUUUAAAGGUAAUUAACUAGAGGGAAUAGGACCUGACAAUAGGAGUUGAGUACUGAAAAACCAAAAACACAAUCAGUUACAUUUUAUGUAUGAUGGAAAACUGAUCAUCGGCUUUGCCUCAGGCUUUUGUGGCAAGAUUCCCUUCCUCCAUUUUGAUCUUUAAGUGAUUAUUUAAUGUGACAGACUUCAUUUGUGGGAGAGGAGUGAGAUUUGGGCUUAAUUCCAAACACAAAUCUCUAAUAUGGAGUCAUAUAGACAAAUUUAAUUAAAUAAUUUCCAUGAAAUAGUCUUAAUAUAGACAUUAGAACAGUGUCCACUCAGGUUCUUGGGAGAGAGCUGGCAAUUCCUACAGAGGACCUGUGUGGGCACUCCCAGGGGAGCAGUGCAGUGAGUUUUUUUUUUUUUUUUUCU